CUCUCUCUCUCUCUCUCUCUCUCUCUUACUCCUUUCCACCCAUUUCUUUUCGUUUUCUCUUCUCUUCGUCCCCCACCCUACCCCCACCUCCUCCUCGAUCCUCCCCGAACCCUACCCCUACAAACCCUCGUCGACCCCGACGAACCCCCGAUCGUCGUACCUCGAGCCACCGCCGCGGCGCGCGCCGCCGCCCUAGGAAUCGGAUUUGCCGGGGCGGAGCCGCGCCGGAGCCGCCGCAUUUGGGUAGGGUUUUGCCUCCGUCCCUCUUUUGCCCUAGAUUUUUCCAUUGCGAUCGAGGGAGCGGUGUUCCCUGGCAGGGUUAAUCCGUUUUGAGUUCGAUUGGUGUUGGGAGAUCUCGUGGCGGAGCUCUCUGUGUUGAGGGUUUUGAGUUUUUUGCGUUGUUGGGCCCGGGAUCUCUGGGUUUUGCUUUUGGAGCCGUGGAUUUGGUGAGAAAGGCACGAUCUUGAUCUUUUGUAACCUUCGGUUGCCCUUAUUUUAGGGAUUAUUUGUUUGCUUUGCUUCAGUUUUCGGUAAUUAGUGGGGAUUUAAGCUUGUGUUUGCUUUGAUCAGAUUGAUUGUCAGUACGGUGACUUGGUUCUGCAGAGAAUGCCACAAUUUUGACACUGGCACUCUUGAUUUCAGGAUAAAGCACUAGAAGAAGUGAGUUUGUCGAAUACUGCUAUUGAAUGCCUUACUCCUGGCAAUGAAGGGUGGAAGAAGAAAUUGUUCUUUGCCUUUCUGUUGUCUCUGUGAUAGUAAGGAUUUUUGGUUGGGUUUCUACUGUACUUCUUCGCGCAUUACUGUACAGUGGAACUAAGUUGUGAAGAGGGUGAGGUUGUUGUGGCGUAGAGAGGAGGAAAGAAGAGGAGGCACGGCGAAGUUACAGACGAUAGUCGCCUUGCAUGGGCAAGCAUGAAGGCUGGGCUCAGCCGAGCGGCGUGAAGCCCAAUGGCCUCUUGCCCAACCAAGUGGCCAGUGUGACCCGGGUACUCGACGCGGAGAGAUGGAUGAUGGCCGAAGAGAGGACUGCCGAGCUGAUUGCGUGCAUACAGCCCAACCAACCGUCUGAGGAGCGUAGGAAAGCUGUGGCUCUUUACGUCAAGCGGCUUAUCAUGAAGUGCUUUUCUUGUCAGGUUUUCACAUUUGGAUCAGUGCCGCUUAAGACCUAUUUACCUGAUGGAGACAUUGACUUGACUGCAUGUAGCAAUAAUGAAGAUUUGAAGGAUACAUGGGCCAACAGCGUUCGAGAUGCGCUUGAGAAUGAGGAAAAAAGUGAAAACGCUGAAUUUCGUGUAAAAGAAGUUCAGUAUAUUCAGGCAGAGGUUAAGAUAAUAAAGUGUCUUGUGGAAAACAUUGUUGUUGACAUCUCCUUUAAUCAAGUAGGUGGUUUAUGUACACUUUGUUUCCUUGAAGAGAUUGACGCUUUGAUAAAGAAAGACCAUCUAUUCAAGCGGAGUAUUAUCCUGAUCAAAGCCUGGUGUUACUAUGAGAGUCGUAUACUAGGUGCUCAUCAUGGUCUUAUCUCUACUUAUGCAUUGGAGACCUUGGUUCUUUAUAUAUUUCAUGUUUUCAACAACUCAUUUGCUGGUCCACUUGAGGUAUUAUAUCGUUUUCUGGAAUUUUUUAGCAACUUUGAUUGGGAGAACUUUUGUGUUAGCCUUUGGGGUCCUGUUCCUAUCAGUUCCCUCCCAGAUAUGACUGCGGAGCCUCCACGAAGGGAUAGUUGUGACUUGUUGCUUAGUAAACAGUUUCUUGAAUGCUGCAGUAGAGUUUAUGCCGUUACGCCGGAUGGUCAAGGAAACCAGGGACAGCCUUUUGUAUCCAAGCAUUUUAAUGUUAUUGAUCCUUUACGUACAAACAACAACCUUGGGCGAAGUGUUAGCAAAGGCAAUUUCUUUAGAAUACGCAGUGCUUUUGCAUUUGGGGCUAAAAGAUUGGCUAGGUUACUUGAAUGUCCGCAUGAAGAUUUAAUUUCUGAAGUGAAUCAAUUCUUCAUGAACACAUGGGAGAGACAUGGCAGCGGCAAUCGUCCAGAUGCACCUAGCCCAAGUUUACGACAUAUUCAACCUGUAAAGAACAUCCCAGUUGAAGAAUCAAACAAUAUCAGAAGUGCAUCAAACAUCAAGAAAAGGAGCGAGAAUCCUGUAUCGAGAGUUGGCUAUGAAAACCUGGCUGAGGAUCAAAUCGCUAACCGAAACAGCCAACAUUCACGGAAUUUGGAUAGGGUGAAUAAAUCUUCGGUUUCUCGUACACAGAGCCCAAAAAUCAACUCAAGAGUCUCCGAUCAGUUUGAGAGAAGCAAUGGCCCUACUGGAACUGCUCAGACUGAAAGAGAUCCGAAAACUUUAAAAUCUAACUACAUUGUAAAUGAUUCCACUUCCAAUGGGCAGACAAGGUUCCCAUUCGCAAGGACACGAUCCAGCCCAGAUCUGACGGAUUCCUCUGCUGAAGUGUUCUCUCGUGGCAGGCGGGGUACAAUGGCAGAAUCAGCGAAAUCUUUGAGGCUAGAUCAUAGUGACAGAAGAAACCACUCGGGUACAGAGGCCAGUGGUAGUCAAAGUACGAAAUUGACUUCUGCUGACAACCCAAUGUCUUCGAUUAACACUUCAUCCCAAUCAAGCCUUCAAGCUGCUUCUGAUACAAACAGUGUUUCGAAUAGCUACCACGAUGAUGUUAGUUUUGCCACUAUGAACGAAGAGCUUGCUUCUGUUUCUCAAUCAUUGGAGAUCCAACAGGAGAUGAACCAGGAGGAGCAGGAUCUGGUCAAUCUAAUGGCUUCUGCGAAGUUGCAUGACUUCAAUGGACCAAUUCAAUUGCCGAUUCAUAUGGCUUCCUCCCAUCUACCUGUAACAUUAUCUCCUUUAUUAGCUUCAACGGCACACGCCCAAAGAAAUUGGGGGGGAGUUUUCACCCCUAAUUUAUCCUUCGUUGGACAUCCUUGGGCACACAAUAUGCAGAUCCCGCAAGGAUAUGUUUCACCACCUAUGUCCCAUUACUUCCCCAAUCCUGGUCUUAGUGUCAAUCACGAUGAAGAUAUUGAGCCAACCCAUGAUAUUUCGGCUGCAGCAGAACCAAGUCAAGAAGACAAUGAUCAGUGGCAAAAUAACCAUGCUGGAUUGACUGGAGGAUUUAAUUCUGAAAACAAAAAUCCUGAAAUGCUUCAUGUUGAUGGCAAGCAGCAGUCGUCAGUCGCUGGUUUUAACUUUGUUUCUUGGCCGCAAAGCAGUAAUGCUGGUGGUCUGCUGUGGGGUCACCCAAAGUUUGACAGUGAGGAUGCGGGGCCUAUCCGAGAUAAUAAUGCUGAAAUAUUUCAAAAUCAAACAAGCAGAGGGACGGAUGUUAGCCCUAGUUCGAAAACAACAGAUGUUAGGGUUCCUUCUGUGUCACAGUCUAGUUCUUCAAGAAGUAAAACUUCCUAUGAAAUUUCCAGGGAUGCCCCUUCUGGAAAGAUAUCCAGAACUUCGAGGGACAAAUGGGGAAAAAAGCCAACCUCCUUGCCUGCCCCAACUACUACAUAUGGCAAAGCAAAGAUGGCUUGGCAACUUGAGAGUACAUCUGAGCAGCUUCCUGCGGAAGCCAACGAAACUAGAGAGUGGAACCCUACACCAACCAUGGGAAAUAAUAUUCCUGAGCAGUUCCCUACACCUCUGGUUUUUACGCAAGCUAGAAGCCAUCAGGUACCCGGUUAUGAACCAACACAUAUUAGUGGAUCAGACCCGAUGAUUCCGAUUGCACCAGUUCUUGUGGGUCCCCCUCGGCAGAGGGUGACUGACAAUUCUGGGUUGGUCCCUGUAGCCUUUGUUCCUGCAGGUCCUUUAGUUCCAUUCUAUCUGAUCCAAUUCGCAUCUGUUACUAACAAUUCGGAUGGAGCUUCUCCGCUAAGUCCUUCAGAACAGAAUUUCAGUCCACAAGAUAAUCUCGAUCAGCCUGAAUCUCACGUUAGUUCAACAGCAUUAAGAACUCCUGCUGCUGCUGAGUCCUCUAAUGAGCACGAGCCGGAUAUUUUGAAAAGUGACUUCGAUAGCCACUUGCAAAAUCUGUUAUAUGGGAGGUACUGUCAAGAUACACGUCAAGGUCCCUUCAUCUGCCAACCCCCUGUUCUGGUGCCACCAGUGUACUUGCAGGGCCAUUUUCCAUGGGAUGGUCCAGGAAGACCAGUUUCGGCCAAUGCGAACUUAACCCAGAUGAUGGGCUAUGCUCCUCGUUUUGUACCUAUGGUGCCUCUCAAACCAGGUUCUGAGAGACCUUCCGGUGUUUUCCAGAGGCAUGGAGAAGAAGCACCGAGGUACCGCGGUGGUACUGGAACCUAUCUACCAAAUCCUAAGGUUCCUUUUAGAGAUCGACAAGCAAGUACAAGAAGCUACAGAAGAAACUACAAUAGUGAAAGGGGUGAUCAGGGCGAUAGAGAAGGAAGCUGGAUCAGUGCAAAAGCUCGAGCUGCUGGCCGUGGCCAUGGGCAUCAAGUGGAGAGAUCAAACUUUCAGCCUGAGAACCAGUCUGAUAGACAUAGGCAGUCAUAUAAGAACGAUCCCCAUAGGCACGAGCCAGUUUCUUCUAACCUAGCUCCGGGCAACUCAUUCAGGCCCACAAAUUCAAAUCGUAGCCCAAGAAACUUGACGUAUGGCAUGUACCCGCCGCCGCCUGUCACAAACCCAAAUGGUGUUAUUAAUACUGGACCUGGGUCUGGAAGUUCUCCUGUCAUGAUGGUCUAUUCUUAUGAUCAAGGUGGUGGUUAUGGCCCCUCUGGUGAACCGCUUGAAUUUGGCUCUCUUGGACCAGUGCAUCCUUCGGGUUUAAAUGAAGCGCCUCAAUCUGGUGAGGAGAUUCCAGUAGGUGCGCUUUUUGAGCAGAGGCAUGGCCCAUAUCGCGGCAGUUCAUCCUGCUCUUCGCCUGACCAACCGUCCUCACCUCAGCUAAGAAGAUAAGUGAACCCAGACAUGCUCUGGCCCAGCUCUUGGAUAUUGAGAUGUAGAGAAGGCAUUCGGCGACAUCGUGGUGGCGAUGCUUGUCAUCAGAUGCUUUGGAUAAAUGGCAAAGGAAUUGGGCCGGAUAGUAGCUUUGGAUCAGCCCAAAAACGCCUACUUAUCCUUUUGGAUUCAUUACAGAUUAGCGGAGCUAUGCAAUUAUCGACUGCUACAGAUCUUGCGAGACUCGUUAGUUCUCGAAUCGAAUUAGUAGCAUUUUCUCCAUAUCCUUUUCAAAGUUUCAGCUCAAAAGAAGACGAUGAGACCAAGGAGCUUUGCAGAAAGAGCUGGAAAAAGGGCUGGUCUUUUGUAGCACCAGAUUGAAGGAGGCUUGGGAGAAUUCUCGAUUGCGAUUGAUCUAAAAUGCUUUUAACAGUGUAAAAAGUAGGAAAAAGAAAAAAAAACAAAACGAAAAGGAAACCCUGUUUCAUCUGUAGGCGUAGUACGGCUUCGUGUUAGGUGGUUUAGCAUACGAAAAAAGAUGUUAAACCGUUCUACAAGAAAAAUCGAGCUCCGAAAAAAAAAAUGUGAUAGCCGUCUCGUGGAGGUCGGUGUAACUGUGACUGAAAACUGUUUUACAAUGUUUCGCAUGUCUUUUUUUUUUUCUCUCUACUAAUGAAAGACGCAGCUUCAAAGCUAUCCUGAGUAUUUGGAUCUAAAAUUCAA